UUUACACUAGACCUUUAAAGCGCUUUAUAAACUGGUUUAGAUUAAAGCGGUUUGUGUGUAAACACAUCAAAGCGGUUUAUAAACCAGUUUAAGUAAACCACAUCCUGAGGUGGUUUAGAAACCGGUUUAAGGGCGGGAUUUACUCCCGCGCACCAGAUGGAGCAUUGUUUUGAGUUCUUUCCUCUAAGUAAACAUGGCUCGUAGUUCUUCUUGGACAGAUAAAGAGAUCACUGCACUAAUCAGUAUUUGGGGAGAUACUAAAAUUCAAGAAAAACUCGAUGGGAGUACCAGAAAUAAAACAAUAUUUAUUGAAAUCAGUGAAAAGUUGGAGGCUACCACUGGUAUAAGUCGUGAAUGGCAACAAUGUAGAUCUAAAAUCAAGAAUCUUAAGACAGAAUAUAAAAGAAUAAAAGACCACAAUAAUAUAACUGGGAAUGGAAGAAAGACUUUCCAGUUCUUUAAACAAAUGGAUAGUAUUCUUGGUGAUAGACCAGCUUCACUUCCAACAGUGCUGAUUGAUACAUCCAAGUCACAAGAUACUGAAGAUUUCAAUGAUUCCGAUGAUGAUGAUGACGAAGUCAAUCAUGAAUUUGAACCAGUUCUGGCACCAACAGUUGACAGUGCCGCUGCCCGCAGUAACGGCUAUUCUGAACCACCUACAAACAAAAGAGAUGAAAAUGAUAUGCCUCAAAAGAAAAAAAUUAAAGUAGGAAAAAAAAGCAAAGGAGAAAAUUUUUUUGACAAAGCAAUGGAAUCAUUUCUACAGUACCAAAUUAAGGCAGAAGAAAAUUUCCGGAAGUGGGAGGAAGAGCGUUUUGAAAAAGAACAAGAAAUAGAAGAAAUUAAAAGAAUGGAAGAACAGGAGCACGAACUGAGACUCUUUCAAAUGCUAGGUCAAAUGCUUAAACCACCAGCAAAUUAUACUAGUUCACAAUUUCAUUGUGAAUACUAGCUGUAUACUCUGACAUACAUAAUACAUAAUUAUGUAGUACUAGUACAUGUAGAUGUGAUAAGAUAAAAGAACAGCUAUAUUAUAUAUUGUUGUACAU